AAUUUUGUUGAUUUGAAAUCUCAAGAUGCCUCUGUGAAAGUUGUCAAACAUACGAAAAUUAUGAAAACUGAAACGUUUUAUCGUAUUCGUAUUACUAAUAGAUGGCAUCGAAAGAGAAUAUUAAAAGGAAGCUAUUUUUUAAUGUAAAAUUCAUGGAAACCGAAAAGGAAACCAAAACUAUCGACAAUGUCUCCCGAUUUGAUUGCAACAUCUGUCUGGGCACGGCCAAGAAUGCGGUGAUCUGUGUGUGUGGCCAUCUCUUCUGUUGGUCCUGCCUGCAUCUGUGGAUGCUGACGCCCUGCGACCUGCGUCGAUGCUGUCCGGUGUGUCGAGCCAAGUUGGAUAUCACGAAAAUCAUACCGCUCUAUGGUCGCAACAGUGCGGUACAGGACGUCAACGAUGUGAUGGCACCGCGACCUCCGCCGCUGCGUCAAGAGCCGAGUGCACCGAGGGGUUCCCUCUAUUUUGGCUUUCUACUGGGCUUUCAAACGUCCCUCGGCUACGGCAGCUUCCCAAUUGAGACUAUGGCAUCCGUUCUGAAUUUGAACGACGAACAGGCGCUGUUUUUAUUUCUCGGCCUCUUUUGCAUCGGCUGGCUGAUGUUCUAGCGGAGGGAGAAAUGAAAUUCGAAUAGACUUUUUGGAUAUUCUUAUUAUAUUGUAUAUAUAUAUACGUAUAGGUCCAACUUCGUAAUACAGCUGUUGUAUGCCCUAAUUAAGUAAAUGGUAAUCAGACCUUAA